UAAGUACGUAAUUAUAUUUCUGUACUUGUGCCAAUCAAUUUAGAUCGUAGUUCGUAAUAACAGUACGCGGUCGAGUUGUGUGAAAUCGGAAAAAAAUUGAAGAGAAGAGCAAAAUAGCUAAUUAAAAAAACGCUGUACAAUUUAAUCCACUACUUUUUUUCGUUCUUUUAUAAAAGUGCGUUAUUUAUGAAAUAAUGAACUUUAAUUACGACCAUAAUAAUUAUUUGGUCGAGCAACAAAUUGGAUACAACAAUGGUUGGCAACAAUCACAAGUGGCGCCAUUACAUUAUACUGUCGACUAUGUCGACUUACCUCCGCCAUCCACGUGGACCUAUAUGAAUAACGAAAAAAAAGCUGGUCAGGAACAUUUUUCGCAAAUACUAAAAACUGCUCUAACACAUGGCAGCGCAGUGGCAAUAAAAAAUUAUACAGCCGAUAUAAGUGCACAUAUAACGGCCCCGAAUAACAAUCCGAUAAAUUCUACAACACCCAAUAAUCAAUUUUCACAAGAUUGGAAUACUCAAGCAGAAAGAGAUUCCUUGUGUUCAUCGUCUUCAUCUCAAAACCAAAAAUCAAUGCCUACAACAUGUAAUAGUUAUCUUUCACCUGAAUGGAAUACUCAGUAUUCAGAAGCGGAUCUUUUUUCUUCAUUAUCACCUAACCAUCAACAGCCAACAAUUCCUGUGACAUAUAAUAAUAGUAAUAAUAAUAAUCUAUUUUCACGUGAAUGGAAUAAUUUUCAUACAGGAAGAAUAGAAUCCAUCGAUCCUUCGUCAAACAUGACGUCACACGAAUCACUGGAGAGACACGAGCAACAGAACAUUCAAAAUAACUAUGGACAAACUCAUAAUCUGGGAUACGUACAAUUUAGCAAUUAUAUGAACAAUACAUGUAUAGGUCCACUGACAGUUACUAAUCCUGAGAUGCAAUUUCAAUCGAUGCAACGUAAUAUUCGUCUUAUAGAUCAAAUAUCCAAGCGUGAUCAUAAAAAGAAAAAAAUAACAUGUAUAGAUAAUACAUUAGAACAAGGAAGACGCACGAGACAAACUUACAGUGCUGAACAAACUUUAAUAUUGGAAGAAGCAUUUCGAAAAAACGAAUAUGUGUCGAGAAAAAUGCGUAUGAUAUUAGCUGAUAGAACCGAAUUGAGCGGAAAUCAGAUUAAAACUUGGUUUCAAAAUCGGCGGAUGAAAGAAAAAAAGAAUAGAGAAAACAACCCAGAAAAAGUACCGAAAACAUAUGUAGCACCAAUUCAUGGAAGACAAGUAUCAACUCUCUUGGAUCAAGAAGCGCAACUGCAAUUACGACCGGUUGUACAACAUUACGAAGGAUAUCAGAAUUAUUCUCAUAGUCAUUAAUAGCAUCAACAAAACGGAAUCGUCAAUCAACCAUCUUAUUGCUCUAAUUCUACUUCUAUAAGUAAUAUGAACCAUGCAAAUGUUAUGAUACAUUCUUAUGGCUAGGAAAUUGAAAUUGAUUUCUUUCACGUGAUGUUAAAAGAUUGAAGGAAGUAUUAGAUAAUCUUGGUAUUUGCACCUAAUAUUAACAAUACAAUACACAAUACAAUUAUACAAAGACAAUAUCUAUAUUAUUUCAAAAUGCCGACGUGACUUUUGACUAUAUGUUUGCACUGUUCUUUAUUUCUGCUUUAAUUAGUAAAUUAGUAAAUAUUUAAAAGUACAAUUUAUUUGUGUUAAAAUAAAGAACAGUGCAAACAUAUAGUCAAAUCAGAGUCACAUUUUUAAAUAAGAGACAAUCUUAAGAAGUGCAGUUGCAGGGCGAACUCAGGACAAAGUUAGUCGGUCCUUCACGCUAUAAAGAGGGAAUGCUGCAGCAACCAAGUAAGGCAACUGACCUUGUGCUAUAAUGAUUUAUGGCCGCUCUAAACAACAAGAAUUCACAGUUCAGGUAUCUGAAAGUAGAGUCGUUUCAUCGCAUUUUCUUCGGAACAUUCUUUUCACAACUUUGCGUUCAAAAGUUGAGCAAAAUAUUGCAUACGUCAUGUUUAAAAAUAUUUUGACGCAAAGAACAAAAUCAAUAUGCUAUUUGAUUGAUGAUGGUGAUUAUCAUUUCCACUCAAUUUCUUAAUCCUACCGUCCCUUUUUUAAUAUGGAAUAAUUUUUAAUAAUUUUUAC